AGCCUUGGGAAUAUAAUGCCGGCUCGAUUUAUCCUAGCCUCAGUGCAGCCGGUCUGCCCAAUCGUCUACCAUCAACUGAGCUUCGUGGGGCCGCCGGCGGCAACCGAAGAUGGGAGCAGCCACCUUUACGGGAGUGUGGUGCAUAGCGAGUCUGCUGGUGGCCGUCAGCGGUCACGGCCGCCUCCAGGACCCGCCGUGUCGCGCCUCCAUGUGGAGGUUCGGGUACGAUACACUGCCCGACUACACAGACAACCAGCUCUUCUGCGGCGGCAAGGACCACGAAGAGGAUAUGGGCGGAAAGUGCGGUAUCUGCGGCGACCCGUAUGAUGAGCCUCAGCCACGCACUCACGAGAUCGGAGGACCCUACUACAAGGGCUACUUGGUGCAAAACUAUACCUCCGGAGAGGUGGUGACGGUAACCGUCAACCUCACGGCCAACCACCUGGGCUUCUUCCAGUUCAAGAUCUGCCCCGUCGAGGGCUUCGAAACCGAGGCCACCCAGGAAUGCUUGGAUGAGGGUAUCCUGGAGAUUGCCGGCACCGGCUCCACCGACUACUACGUCACCGACGAGACGAAGCCGUUUAUGUGGACGUACAGCUGCCGACCGACCUCGAGUGCGAGCACUGCGUCUUCCAGUGGCGCUACCACUGCGGCAACUCGUGGGGCCACUGCGACAACGGCACAGACGGCAUGGGCUGCGGCCCCAGGAGGAGUUCUACGGCUGUGCAGACGUGUCCGUUCAUCCCCCGGCCGGACGAGAGCCUUUGGAAUUCUUCCCCAUUCCGCUGGACAAGAUCAGCGCCGAAGAAGAGAAGAGUCGACUAUGAACGCCUGGUGAUGACGCUCAGCUAUGUAAUAACAUCGCAUGGAGAAAUAGAUGGUGGACUGGCAAUAGACACGCGUUAUGACGGUAACGUUUUGGCAGACAACCAUUAAACCUACUUUGUUACAUAAUAUGCCAUUCAUUGAAUCGAA